GUCCUCCCCGCCGCGGUGGGCGCGGUGCGAGCUGCUCACGGCCGGGGCCGGGCAUUUAAAGCAGCAGUGCACGUGCUCUCAGGGGCGUGUGGUCUUCCUUGCUGGCUGGGACCUCCUUGGCACUCGCCCCAGGGCGCUGCUUUGCGGGGAUUGCAGGGGAGGCGGGGGUCUUGUGAAGAACCAGGUUGGGGUCUGGAGCUGGCGAUUUCGUUAUUAGCGGUGUCGGGCUGUUUUUUCCAGGCAUUGACGGCUGUGGGGAGACUCCCAGUGUCAAGCUUUUGAAGCUGAAAGAACCUGAAACAGAAGCUAGUUUCCACCCCAAAUUUUAUCCAUGAGGAAACUCAGCCCACAGAGCUGAAGUGCCUUUGUCCAAGUCGCCCAGGAAGGGUUUCUAGAACAGUCUCGUACUCUGGACGCCCCCUCCUCCCAUGAGUGCCUCUGUUUUCCUGCUGCUCCCUCAAGAGAACGAGAGCUGGUUGCUGUGUGGUUGGGAUUUGACAUCAGUCACCCAGCCCCACCCCCACCUGCCCGUGGUGAUUUUUCCCUCCAAGGAUUUCAGAAUAGCACCAGGCUUCAGUUGCAACUUAGAAGCAAAAAAGAGUACAUCCCGGCUGCUCUUUUCUCCUUCAGGAGCCAGGACAGAUUCCGAGAAGUAGCGUUUCAGGAUCAAAAGGUGCUUCCCACGGUGGGGCUAUGCUUACGUUCAUGGCCUCUGACAGUGAGGAAGAAGUGUGCGACGAGCGGACGUCCCUGAUGUCAGCCGAGAGCCCCACGCCGCGCUCCUGCCAGGAAGGCAGGCCGGGCCCGGAGGACGGAGAGAGUGCUGCCCCGUGGAGAGGCCAGGACGGCGAGGAGGACCACGAGGAGGACCCUGACCACUACGUCUGCAGCGGGGUCCCUGGGCGGCCGCCGGGCCUGGAGGAGGAGCUGACCCUCAAGUACGGGGCAAAGCACGUGAUCAUGCUGUUUGUGCCCGUCACGCUGUGCAUGAUCGUGGUGGUGGCCACCAUCAAGUCCGUGCGUUUCUACACGGAGAAGAACGGACAGCUCAUCUACACGCCGUUCACGGAGGACACACCCUCGGUGGGCCAGCGCCUCCUCAACUCAGUGCUGAACACCCUCAUCAUGAUCAGCGUCAUUGUGGUCAUGACCAUCUUCCUGGUCCUGCUCUACAAGUACCGCUGCUACAAGUUCAUCCACGGCUGGCUCAUCAUGUCCUCUCUGAUGUUGCUGUUCCUCUUCAGCUAUAUCUACCUCGGGGAAGUGCUCAAGACCUACAACGUGGCCAUGGACUACCCCACGCUGUUCCUGACCGUCUGGAACUUCGGCGCGGUGGGCAUGGUGUGCAUCCACUGGAAGGGCCCCCUCGUGCUGCAGCAGGCCUACCUCAUCAUGAUCAGUGCGCUCAUGGCCCUGGUGUUCAUCAAGUACCUGCCGGAGUGGUCCGCCUGGGUCAUCCUGGGCGCCAUCUCUGUGUACGAUCUCGUGGCUGUGCUGUGCCCCAAAGGGCCACUGAGAAUGCUGGUGGAGACUGCCCAGGAGAGAAACGAGCCCAUAUUUCCUGCCCUGAUAUACUCAUCCGCCAUGGUGUGGACCGUGGGCAUGGCCAAGCUGGACCCCUCCUCCCAGGGAGCCCUUCAGCUCCCCUACGACCCCGAGAUGGAAGAAGACUCCUAUGACAGUUUUGGGGAGCCCUCGUACCCAGAAGUCUGUGAGCCCCCCCUGCCUGGCUACCCAGGGGAGGAGCUGGAGGAAGAGGAGGAAAGCAGAGACCGUGUGGCUGGGGAGACAGGAAGAGCCUACAUGGAAGAUGGUCUUGAAGACACGCCCAGAGACGUUCUGAGGGGGCGUGAAGCUCGGCCUCGGGGACUUCAUCUUCUACAGCGUGCUGGUGGGCAAGGCGGCAGCCACGGGCAGCGGGGACUGGAACACCACGCUGGCCUGCUUCGUGGCCAUCCUCAUCGGCCUGUGCCUGACCCUCCUGCUGCUCGCUGUGUUCAAGAAGGCGCUGCCCGCCCUGCCCAUCUCCAUCACGUUCGGGCUCGUCUUCUACUUCUCCACGGACAAUCUGGUGCGCCCCUUCAUGGACACCUUGGCCUUCCAUCAGCUCUACAUCUGAAGGGUGUGGGGCCUGCGGGCCGGAGGCUGAGGCGAUUGUGACGGAUACCGUUGUCUAGUUUUACACUCUAGUGCCAUAUAUUUUUAAGACUUUUCUUUCCUUAAAAGACGAGGAAAAAUACUGUGUUGACUUCGUGAAGAGGAAGAUCCGGCUUUUUGGUGCUAGUUGUUUGUCACCUGACCGUGGCUCACCCCCUCGUGAGCACUCGCCUCACCAACGGGAGAUGCAGGAAGUGGGUCCAGAUGGACUGAGGCAGAUGGAGGAGGCCGCCUCUUCACGCCGGUGGCCUGGAAUGUUCCAAGGGCCCAGACGAAGGACGGUGUGUGUAUGUUCGGGACCAGGAGUUCCUGCUCAGGACGACACUUGGCACCUGGUCACGCUGGCCGGAGAAGAAAGCCAGUUUUCUCCUCGAGGAGUGUUCCCAGUGCUUUGUCCACAGUGUUGUUGUUUUAUCACCUUUAGAAACCAAGUCUUGUUACAGCAUUUACUGCUGAGAAGUGGCUUAAUAUUAAUAUCAAUAAAUGGAUGAACCCCGUUGUCGUCUUGGA